ACCAAAGGCUACUCUCCUACCCGGAAGUCACGGACCAGUGGUCACUCGCUAGGGGCUAUAGCACCUGGCACGAAUGACAGAAACUCUUACCAUUUCUCAGGAAAUCAUUGGCCAGGGAUACACGUCUGUCUUAAAGACGAGGCAUGUUGGGUAAAUUGUGGAUUGGCGUGGCAGUCAGUCUCGUAGUAGGGUUAAUAUGGGUGGCUGCCCAGGAGCCCAUCGCACCUGUUCAACAGAUACAGGCGAUACAAUACCGUAAUUUCCAACUUAUCAACGAGCAACAGAGAAGGAUUGCGGGCUGGAGACAAUUCUACGUCAACAGACUCCCAUACGAAUACUUGAUACCAAUAUACUUCUUGGUGUUGCUUAUCUUACGGAAGCCAGAAGAGCCCACGGAAAGUUGUCCAUCUUUGCCUGCAGCUGACACUCUUGGCGUGUUCUGUUGCGGCUCUUUCACUACUUCGGCGACCUGCCAGGCGUCGCCUCAGAACGCACAAUGCACGUGGGAUACCGGUACAUGCAAAUAUGAAUGUAAUACGUUCACGACUCAAGUACAAUGUGAAGGAGUCGGAUGUACCUGGUUCGUGGUGUUUGUUGGUAUUUGUACAGUAUAAAGCAUCGACUAUAUGGCAGCUGGUCUAGGAGAGGUUUUGUUUUUCAUUGUAUCAGGAAUAUCGAAAUACAACAAAAAAGUUAU